GUCUAAAUGUCACCCACGGUCCACCCCCACCGACACCCAUUUACAUUUUGGCCUUACCGUGUCGCACUCCCCCUUUGUCCCCUUCUUUCCCUCUCUUUUUCUUCUUCUACAUCCAUGACUAGGACGACUCCAACCGUCUCCUCCUCUUCCGAUUGAAGAAUCUGGAAGGCAUUUACCCAUUUCCUCUGUGUUUCUGAUUCAUUAGUUGCAGUGAUGAUGCGUUACUUCUCUGUCUUCGAACUAUUUCUUCUUGUUUCUAUUCUGUACAUUCUGUGCAUCAACCAUGGUGCUAUGGCUACCAACAUCAGCAGCAAUGCCCAUCACAAUGGCACCCAUCAGUUCCUUCUGGCCAAUGGCCUCGCCCGAGCUCCUCCCAUGGGUUGGAACAGCUGGAAUCAUUUUCAAUGUAAAAUAGACGAGUGGACUGUGAAGAGCACUGCGGAUGCUCUUGUUUCGACUGGUUUGGCAGCUCUUGGAUACAAGUAUGUAAAUAUCGAUGACUGCUGGGCAGAAGGGAGCAGAGAUAGGUGGGGUAAUCUAGUGGCAAAGUCUUCUACAUUUCCUUCUGGAAUCAAGGCCCUAGCAGAUUAUGUUCAUGCAAGAGGCUUAAAACUUGGUAUAUAUUCUGAUGCUGGUUAUACAACCUGUAGCAAGUCAAUGCCUGGCUCUCUUGGGCAUGAAGAUCAAGAUGCAAGAAUUUUUGCAGAAUGGGGGAUUGAUUACUUGAAGUAUGAUAAUUGUUACCAUGAUGGAACAAAGCCUCAAAGCAGGUAUGCAAGGAUGAGUUAUGCAUUGCGAAAGGUCAAGCGGACGAUCCUUUAUUCUAUCUGUGAAUGGGGAAAAGAGAAUCCAGCAAAAUGGGCUGGUGGGCUUGGCAAUUCUUGGAGAACUACAGGGGACAUAAAAGAUAACUGGGAGAGUUUCACAUCAAUUGCAGAUGCAAAUGACAAGUGGGGAAGAUAUUCUGGGCCUGGCAGGUGGAAUGAUCCUGAUAUGCUGGAAGUGGGCAAUGGAGGGAUGAGUUUCGAAGAGUAUCGAUCUCAUUUUAGCAUUUGGGCUCUUAUGAAAGCUCCUUUACUCAUUGGAUGUGAUAUCCGAUCUUCAAGCAAAGAGAUUCUCACGAUCCUUGGAAACAAGGAAGUGAUUGAUGUUAAUCAGGAUCCACUGGGAGUUCAAGGGAGGAAAAUACGAUCAAAAUCUGGCCUAGAAGUUUGGGCAGGACGCUUAUCAAAGAGAAGAAUAGCAGUAGUGUUAUGGAAUAGAAGCCUGUCCAGGGCUCCCAUUACAGUGGGAUGGAAGGAAGUUGGGCUCUCCCCAAUGAGUUCUGUUGCUGUUAGAGACUUGUGGGCGCAUUCAUUUGUUUCAAUGGGGAUGCGUUUUCGAUUGACUGCUCAUGUUGCUCCUCAUGCUUGUAAAAUGUAUAUCCUCACCCCAAGACGAUGAAAGAUCAGCCUAAGCCUAAAUCCUCGGCGAUGCGGUGGAUUUUUGGAAUUAUCGUGUUAAACUAUUAAUGUAAGACUAUUUUGUUUCCUGUAUUUUUUAUUUUUUUUGGUGUUUUAGUUUAUUUCUAAUGAAUAAAUAUGAACGCACAUGUCAAUCUCUUGGGUAUAAAAUAUUGCCUAUAUAACACUC